AUGCUCGACAUUGACAAGCCUCCUGAAUGCUCCGUCAUGACGCCCUGCACACUCCCUGACGCCAAGAUUAACAUGCGCAAGUCCAUGUCCCAUAUUUUUGGCAGAAACAAAUCAUGCACCCGUGCCGUUCCUGACCAUGUCUGGCUGAUGGUGUGCCGCAAGCACUAUCAACGAGCGAGAUAUCGAUCUGACAUGAACUAUCAAUCAACCUUACUUCAAAGGAUUAUCAUCCAGGUUGUGCGUAUUCAGGUCUGGAGUAACGACAAUGAGAGGAGCGGCAAGGACGGCAUCUUGAAGGAUUGGACGGUUGCUGUCAGGCGCCGCGAGGCGAAACGGAUCGAUGACGCCGACAAGGGGAAAAGAAAGGGAUCCAAGAAGCGCACCCGGGCCGAUGCCGAGGCGGAGGAAGAUGAGAUGGAUGACGCCGAUGAGCCUGAUCUUGAUGCGGCUAUCCACCAGGCAUCCUCGGUGCCUGUCCCUGAUUGGUAUCAGGGCUUGUGUCGUGGUGGCUACAGCACGCUUGAAGUCCUUGACAUUCUCCGACGCAUUGACAAUGACAUGGACGCCGGCCUUCUUUCUGCUGUCCCGGAUAUUGAGCUUCUCCCAAACAUUGAAGGCGCUCACACAGCGAAGAAGACAAAGGCCAAGACAAGCUCGGCUCACAGACGCACACAGUCCAGUGGUGCCGCGUUAAGGACGUCUGCUCCCCGAGCUGCGGCAGCUCCUCGUAGAGCUAGCCAACCCAGCACCCUUUCGCCCGAGCACGACUUUUCCAGGCCACCUCGGUCUGAAUUCACAUUCGAACGAAAUCCCAACCCUACUUAUCCCCCAGUACCCAGGGACACAGAUGUGACGGCACGCACUUACGAUAGCCCGCGCACCCUGGAACCAACGUUGUCUCAAAGCACCACUCAGUAUGACUCUCGCACCGGCACUUCCAACCAAGCAUCUCUGCCGACAUACAAUACGCAGCGAUAUGAUGCUCAGACCAACCGGACAGUUCCUCAAUACGGCAGUGCUUCCAAUUACGAUCGAAACGGCAUCUAUGAAUUGGACUUUGGCCGCCGCUCUGGGCACCAGCGAUCUGUUUCAGAUGCUAGCUUCAACCAGUGGGCCACUCCAACCUUCUCCCAGGGGUAUUCAACUCCUGCUUACCCAGUCGCAACAUCCAACUACCCUGCUGCGUCUGGUUAUCCUAGCAACAGCUUCUCGGGCUACCAACCCGCUCCUGCUCCGAUGAAUAACUUUACAUCCAGCGGGUCUGACUUUCGCGCUUCCAACAAUGGGUACCGUGCAAAUGAUUACAGCAGCUAUAGCUACAAUCAACGAAACCAGCACUCCAACCCCGGCUCGGCCUUCCACAGUUCCAACAUUAAGCAUGUUCGCAACCACAGCAGUCCGGUGUAUGGCACCACGGGGUACACAUCCUCGGGCGUGAACCAAACGGUCCCAGCUUCGGCCCCAGCUCCGGCCCCAACGUAUGGCUAUGAGCCUCGCUGGUCGGGUUACCAAACGCCCACUAUCCCAGCCAUGUCUGGUGUAAACGUGCUGCCCGAUCCCCGCCAUGCGUCCGCGAACGUUUUGGGCAGUCCGUUUGGCUCAUCCCAGCUGGCUCCGGCUCCUGCUCGCCGUGCGAGCAUGGUUCCAUCACAGCAUGGCAGUCAGGAUGGAGGGGCUUAUGCUGCCCCUGGUUCCACCCCUGGAUCUGCUGGUUCACACCAGUGA